AUGAGUACUCUUGAACCCGAUGUGAAGUUAAACAUAAAGAAUACAAAAGGUCAGUAUGGUUAAAGGAAUCCUUAAUUGAAAAGAGUAAUUUGGUAUAUGACGAGAACAAUAAAUUCUGAAAUUAAUAAUUAAAAUUAAGAAGUUUGAAGGAGCGUUCUCUGUUUCAGAGAGUUGCUUAUUAUUUAUGAAUUUUAGAGUGGGUAAGAUUUGAAUAUUGGAUUGUCACAUUCAUUGAAUCAGUUAUCAAUUUUAUACACAAUAUACUUAUUAAGAUACAAAGCUAUUUAGCUAUGGCAAAAUGGUAUUUAAGGUAAUUUGAAAGCCAAUGAAUAUGAGAGAUCUUUUUAAUUGGUUUAUUAAAUGAUCUUACAUCAAAUAAGCAAAUAAUUUUAUUUAUUAGUUUAAUCUAUGAAAAAUUACUAUUUGAGGGUGAAUUUCUGA